AUGCCGUCCCUCCUCUCCUGGUUACGGCGAACCUAUUCGCUCGACACCCUUGACACUCGCUUCACCACCUCCGCAACCACCCCUGCCAACGGCGACACGCGACCACCCUCCGCCAAAGAUGCCCGCGCCAACGCCAUUGCUCAGAAUGCACCAGCAUCACUCUGGGGCACGCCCGAGUUCUUCGUCUACUACCUCUUCUUCAUCACACUCGUUCCUUUGAUGUUCAAGACCGUCGUAGACGCCUCCAAGGGCAAUCACCCGGUCUACCCUACAUACUCCCACCUUUUGUCGCCCGGAUGGAUUCCUGGACGUUUAGUCGACAACUCCGACGCGCAAUAUGCCAGCUUUCGUGACAACGUUCCCUACCUCGUCCUCCUUCUGAUCGCCCACCCGAUUGCUCGUCGCAUCUACCAAACCUACAUGAGCCGUAGCGAUACGGCAUCGAAACCAUCUAGAACUUCCGUUGCCGCCGCCGGAGACGCACAACUCGAGCAGCGGAUGCGCUUCGAUUUUGGAUUUGGCCUGGUUUUCAUCACGGCUCUCCAUGGGGUUUCUGCCCUUAAGAUCCUUGCGAUCCUGUUCAUUAACUACAAAAUUGGCAAGAACAUUCCUCGAAACUAUGCGCCCGCCGUGACAUGGACCUUCAACAUCUUCAUAUUGUUCGCCAACGAACUACUCGGUGGAUAUCCGCUCGAACGAAUUGCCAUGUUCAUCACAUCAGGAUCGGGAACAUCGGAUGAAAAGGGAUCUCUGCUGGUUCAGUGUGCCCAGGCAUUGGACAACUUUGGGGGAAUCAUGCCGCGAUGGGAGGUUCUCUUCAAAAUCACAGUCUUGCGGUUGAUCAGCUUCAACAUGGACUACUAUUGGAGUGUUGACUAUCCCUCGACGAGCCCGAUUGAAAAGAAACAACUCGACCCCGCGGCCCUUUCUGAAAGAGAUCGAGUCAAAAUCCCCGCCGAACCUGCUGCGUUUAGCAUGCGCAACUACAUCGCCUACGUGCUCUAUUCACCACUGUACUUGGCGGGUCCCAUCAUGACUUUCAACGACUACGUCUCGCAGCAGCGAUACACUGCGCCCUCGGUGACGCGCACUCGCACAAUGCUCUACGGAAUCCGCUUCCUCCUCACCCUGCUCUGCAUGGAGCUAAUCCUCCACUACAUCUACGCAGUAGCCAUCUCCAAAGCUUCACCAGACUGGUCACUAUUCACCCCAGGCCAGCUCAGCAUGCUCGCCUUCUUCAACCUGCACAUCAUCUGGCUGAAGCUUCUCAUACCCUGGCGAUUCUUCCGCUUCUGGGCCCUUCUCGACGGAAUCGACCCACCCGAGAACAUGGUCCGCUGCAUGUCUAACAACUACUCCGCCUUCGCUUUCUGGCGCGGCUGGCAUCGCUCCUUCAACCGCUGGAUCGUCCGGUACAUCUACGUGCCACUGGGUGGAGGUGGACGACGUCCCGCCGGAGGAAAACCGGGGCCUGCACCGUCAGGCUUCUGGGUAAAGUUCCUGCAGAUCCGCAAUUUCUUGCUCGUCUUUACCUUUGUCGCGCUCUGGCAUGAUAUCAACCUCCGUCUUCUCAUGUGGGGCUGGCUCAUCACCCUCUUCGUUCUCCCCGAGGUUCUAGGCGGCAUGUUGUUCCCUGCACACCGCUGGCGCUCUCGACCGACUGCAUAUCGGGUUCUGAGUGGUAUUGGGUCCGUGGGAAAUGUGCUUAUGAUGAUGAUUGCGAAUCUGGUUGGCUUCGCGCUCGGUCUGGACGGGCUUAAGGAUCUCCUUGCAGGCUUGACGGGCUCGUACUCGGGAGUCGCAUAUAUGAUCUCGUGCUGCGUUGUGCUUUUCGUUGGCAUCCAGGUCAUGUUUGAGAUUCGUGAGGAUGAGCUGCGCAUGGGCAUCGACUUGAAAUGUUGA